UACCAUUUGUGAUCUUUGCUGCUUUCCUGGGGAGGGCAGAUCUGUGCAGUUGUCUGCUGUGCCCUGCGCUACAGGGAGCAACAGGUCUGGCAUUCUCUGCUCCUUCAGUGGAAACAGGAUCUGAUCUUUGACUCCAGAAAUCUCUUGGUCCAACCUCCAGUGGAUGCUAACACGUCCCAAUAGCAGCACUGACAGAGAAUCAAGGCUUCAACACACAGGUCUUUCAGUGGUCAUCAAUAUCCUAACUACAGCAGGAGCAUAAGAAAAGACCUUCCAUGGAAACUGGUAUGGAUCAGUUCCUCGCAUUUUUCCUGAAGAAUGCAAAAGGGAUGAAUUUUCAGCAAUUGGCUACAGAGUUUCUGCCUCACUACUCCUCAUUAGUCAGUAAGGCCGGAGGCAUCCUCUCUCCAGAAACCCUCAGUAAUAUUCAAAAAGCUCUCCAGGAUGGGAAGCUAAAGGAUGUGGUGGACCAAAUUCACGAAGCCCUCACUGCUGCAGAAGAUGCUCCACUGGAGGUGGCUGUGAUCGGGGAGUCUGGGACUGGCAAGUCCAGUUUCAUCAAUGCUCUUCGAGGGCUGAGUCACGAAGCCCAGGAGUCGGCUAAGGUUGGGGUUGUGGAAACCACCAUGGAUAAAACCCCCUAUCAACAUCCAAAAUACCCCAAAGUGACCUUCUGGGACCUGCCUGGAACUGGGACUCCCAAUUUCCUCCCAGACACUUACCUAGAAAGAGUGGGAUUUGCUAACUAUGACUUCUUUAUCAUAAUUUCUUCUUCUCGGUUCAGCUUCAAUGAUGCUGUUCUGGCAGAGAAAAUCAAGGAUGUGGGGAAGAAGUUCUAUUUUGUUAGAACCAAGGUGGACAGUGAUUUAUAUAAUGAAGAGAAAACCAAACCCACAUUCUUCAAAAAGGAGAGAGUCCUUCAGCAGAUCCAAGACUACUGCCUGGCUAAUCUCAGUGAGAUUGGGGUUUCUGAGCCACGUGUGUUCUUGGUCUCCAACUUUGAUGUGAAUGCUUUUGAUUUCCCAAGACUGGAGGAGAUUCUGCUGAAGGAGCUCCCUGCACACAAGCGCCAUGCGUUUGCUCUGCUUUUGCCCAAUUUCUCUGAUGCUGCUAUUGAUAUGAAGAGAGAUUUCCUUAGGGAGAAGAUCUGGCUCGAUGCCAUGAAGUCAGCAGCUUUGUCUUUUGUCCCCUUUAUGACCUUCUUCAGUGGUUUUGAUUUGCCUAAACAAGAAGCAUGCCUGAAGGAUUACCGAAAAUAUUUUGGCUUGGAUGAUAAGUCGAUAGAAGAGACUGCUGAGAAGCUGGGCACAUCUGUCCAGGACAUCAGGGCCUACAUCAAGUGCUGGGAUUUCUGGUCCUUUGUAAAGGAUGACAGCAUACCAGCAAAAGUCACGCACUGUGUUGAGUCCUUCUGUGCUGUGAAAGGAGGUCCCACAGCCUCAGUCAUCCAGGGUCUGAAAGUCUACUUCCUACGCUUAAAAUUCCUCAACACAGUGGUGGAUGAUGCAAAACUUCUUCUGCGUAAGAUAGAAACAGCAAAUCUUGCCUAACUGAACAGUAAGCAGACCUCAAGUUGUGUGUGUUCAGUUUGGGAAUGGGGGUCUCCUCCUCCAAACUCCCAGGCCACCUCUUCCUUUAGAAGAAUGUCUGUUCUGUGAAGGAAGACCAUUGUUUUGCUUUAGAGGUCUUUACCACGUGUGAAUUUUUUGGCCAUAGUCUGUUUUUCUGCAUUUAUUGACCUAUUGUGCUUGAUUUCCAGCAAUAACACACCAUCUGAUUUCAAUUAUUCUCUGUGGUAUGAGGUAACAUGUUUCUAUAGUAUGUACUCAAAUAAAUAGU